AUGGCCAAAUCUUCCAGCAAAAAGAAACCUGGCAAUACUGCUGGCCACCAGAGGCGGGAAAAGAGUAUUGCUACUUCUCUGAAGCCAGCAAACUUCGUCCCCAAAACUCCUUUUCUCACCACUCCACUUCAUGACCUUCUACAUGUCUUCGAACGUGCUCCUGAUCAGUGGGCCGCUCGCUACAUUUUGAUUUUGACUGCCAUUCUCUUGAGAAGUGCAGUAGGGUUGGGGUCAUACUCAGGCGAGGGCCAGAAACCAAUCAAUGGAGACUUUGAGGCCCAGAGACAUUGGAUGGAAAUCACCAUUAAUUUACCGCUCACCAAAUGGUAUUUUUACGACUUACAGUACUGGGGAUUGGACUAUCCGCCAUUGACCGCGUAUCACCUGUGGUUAUUUGGCAAAUUGGGUUCCCUCGUCAAUUCCGAUUGGUUCAAAUUGGACAUUUCUAGAGGGAUUGAAAACCCUCAAAUUAAGACGUUUAUGCGUUAUUCAAGCAUCAUCAGUGAGUUGAUUGUCUACAUUCCUGCUAUCAUGCAGCUCACGUCACUUUUGGGUGGUCAGAGAGCCAAAUUGGGCAGAAUGCACCAGCUAGUGGUAAUUGCAUUAAUUUUGAGUCAACCAGCACUUAUUUUGAUCGACCAUGGCCACUUCCAAUACAAUUCCGUGAUGUUGGGUCUCUUUUUGUUCUCGGUUAUUGAUUUACUCAAGGGAAAUCUAGUGCUUGCCUCUGUUUGGUUCAUGUCGUCAGUAUUGUUCAAACAGAUGGCCUUAUAUUACAGUCCGUUCAUCUUCUUCUACAUCUUGGCCAAGCUAUUCACGCCUAAAAAGUCGCUUUACACCACAAUUGCAACCUUCAACUUGGGAAAACUUAUUCUCGUUGGGGCCACUGUGGUUUUGACAAUCAUUGUCGCGGUUUCUCCGUUCAUUUUGGCGUCCUCAACUUAUUCUGAGGUCCUCGAUAUGGUUAAACAAAUUCUCAUCAGAAUGUUCCCCUUCGAGAGAGGUCUUUUCGAGGAUAAAGUUGCAAAUUUCUGGUGUACAUCGAAUUUGGUUGUCAAGUACAACAAAAUCUUUACCAAUGACCAACUUAAGAAGCUUUCUUUGGCGUUCACUUUGGCUUCUGUUUUCCCCCCAUGCCUUAUGGCAUUCUUCAAGUUGAUCAAACGCACCAAUGUGCAUUCUACUCUCAUUAUCUACGGAUUUAGCGCUACUGCGUGGGGAUUCUUCUUGUUCCUGUUCCAGGUCCACGAGAAGUCGGUGUUGGUGCCUUUGAUUCCCUCUACUUUCUUGCUUCUUACCUCAGAUAAGGACGACAUUGCCAUCAUCCAGUGGAUCAACAAUAUUGCAACUUUCAGUUUGUUCCCACUUUUAAAGAAGGAUGGGUUGGUGUUACAGUACUCGGUUCUAUUGAUAUUGAUCAACUGGCUAAUCAGUGGGUUUUCUGUCGAUUUGGAAAAAAACUUGCUUUGGCCCAGCAAUCUGUCAAUCUACCAUAAAAUCGUUGUGACAGGAUCCUAUUUGGCCGUGGUAGCUUUCCACGUUGUGGAAGCGAAGUUUGAACCUCCAACACAGUAUCCAGAUCUCUGGGUCAUCGUCAACACUACAAUAUCAUUCGCUUGUUUUGCUAUUUUUUACUUAUGGUUAUUGUACAGAGUUUGGAAGAUCUAG